UCUCUCUCUUUCUCUCAAUAUUACCUGUAUAGGUGUGUUGGUGCUUUUUGUUUUGAAGAAAAAACAUCCAUUUCCUUCAUGUUCCAAGCCUUAUUUGAGAAAACUUCUUGAAUUACAAACCUUUGCCUCUCCUUUGUGAAGCUUUUGAUUGAAUUUAUUUCAGGAUCUCACUGCAUUCCAAUUUGCAACCGCCGAUGGAGUCAGUCGCUGCUAAAAAAAGAAAGGUGAGCACCACCUAUAUACCUGAUGAAAUUGCCUUCUCUAUUUUAUCCAAAUUGCCUUUUAAAUCCAUUAAACGGUUUGAAUGCAUUCGCAAAGCAUGGUCUCUCUUAUCUGAAAACCCUCACUUCAUGAACAUGUUCUACAAGAAUCUUUUAUCUAAUUCUCACCAAUGUCCUUAUUACGAUGGGGGAUCUCUGCUCCUAAGGGAUUUCGAACUUGGUAAAGACGUUUUCUAUUCUAUUUCUGGUGAAAGGUUUGAGAACAAAGUUCAAUUAGAUUUCUCAAAUGCAUAUGCAGACCGUUUCAAAUUUCGUAUUUUUGGCUUUGGUAGUAUUAAUGGCACAUUUUGUCUCUAUCAAGAUUAUUAUUAUGGCAAAACUCUAUUGUGGAACCCAUCGGCACAUGCAAUCAAGCUCGUUCCCAGUCAGGAUGAGUUAGUUGAGUCGUCUAUUGAAGAUGUUGUGGAUUUUGUUAGCAUACAUGAUACGUAUUAUCUUCAUGGAUUUGGCUACGACAAUCUUAGAAAUGACUAUAAGGUCAUCUGUCACGUAACUAUUACGGGUGAACACGCUGGCUAUGGAUGUAUGUCUUUAGACCCAAUUUGGGUGAUAUAUAGCUUAAGAACUAACUCGUGGAGGAUACUUGAUGUUUCUAGCAUGCCUUGUUCAUUGGCACGUAUUGACGGCACUCAAGUCUACAUGGAUGGUGUGUGUCAUUGGUUGGCUGAAGAAGUUGAUGAUACCCUGGAGGGACCAUGUGUGGUAUCAUUUUACUUGAGCAAUGAGGAAUUCUUCAUAACAUACAUACCCUCAUACUUAGAUGAUUGUUUCAAUCUUCACACCUUGUGGAUAAACUUGGCGGUGUUAAAUGGGUCCAUUGCAUUGAUCUCAUAUCAUGAAGAGACGACAAAUUUUCACAUAUCAAUUUUGGGUGAAUACGGUAUAAAGGAGUCAUGGACCAAACUCUUCAUGGUUGGACCGUUGUCUUGCAUUGAGCGUCCUAUUGGAGUGGGAACGAAAGGAGAAAUAUUCGUCAUCAGACAAGAUAAAGAACUAGUUUGUCUUGAUUUAAGUACUCAAAUGAUUGUGGAGCUUGCUUACAAAGAAGUGAAUUCUAUUGAUCGGAUAGUAAUGUACAAGGAAACAUUCUUCCAAUUGGAGGAAUAAGUAAUUAGUUAUUUUUACCAGGAGUAAAAUGAUUGUGGUGAUUGGGAUAUUACCUUAUAUACAAAGUGUCUUGUCAAUUUGAAUUCCAGAGAUCGCUUGAAUCGGUAGCAGGCCAUUGUCCUUGUAUCGUCGCUGAUGAUUCUGUGGUUCUGUUUUGGCUCAUCUGGUGCUGUUUUCUGGUCUGCUGUUGCCUGUUUUUCUGGUCUGGAAGUUUCCUGGGUCGAUCCCACCGUUUUUCUGUGCAGCGUUCAGGCUUGUUGUGUGUGGCUUCCUUGCGGCCUAGCAUGGUUUGCUGAGGUUGUGUUAGGUGGAGGCAGUUGGAGUAUUUUUUUUCUUUCUUUGUUCGGGUUUUUAUUUUGAAUGUUUAGUCUCUUUCUAUUUGCGAACUUUUUGAUUUCCAUAUCAUUGAAAGUAAUGAUCUUUAGUAACUAUGCUUUCUGCUUUCUAUAUUCAUGAAACCAUGUUUAGUUUAAUGCUUUAUUUUUUCUUUUGUAUCCCAAACC